AGUGCGCCUGUGCGGCCGGCGCGUCCCGAUGGAGCGCGGCGGCGGUUGCGGGGCGGGAGCCGGGCCGGAGGGGGCUUCGCGGGGCCUCCCGCUCCUCGGGAAGAUGGCCGAGCCGGGUGCGGUGCGGACCUCGCCGCCCAACCACCGGCCUUCAGGCAUGGAUGGAUUUUUAAAAUCUGAUGAGAGACAAAGGCUAGCUAAAGAAAGACGAGAAGAAAGAGAAAAAUGUCUUGCUGCCCGGGAGCAGCAGAUCCUGGAGAAACAGAAAAGAGCCAAGCUCCAGUACGAAAAGCAAAUUGAGGAGCGAUGGCGGAAACUGGAAGAGCAGCGGCAGCGGGAGGACCAGAAGAGGGCUGCUGUGGAAGAGAAGAGGAAGCAGAAGCUCCGGGAGGAGGAGGAGCGGCUGGAGGCGAUGAUGCGCCGGUCCCUGGAGCGCACGCAGCAGCUGGAGCUGAAAAAGAAGUGCUCAUGGGGAGCAUCGCUGGCCGCAGCAUCCGGAGGACGCGAGGGUUUAGCAGCCAGCACCCUCCCUCCGGACCCAGGGACUACCGCCACCGCUGCCGAGUCCACCAACGCAUGUGACAAACUUUCAACAUCAACCAUGAAUUUGCCAAAGCAGACGGAGCCUCCCAUGAGUAAGCGCCUGUCUUCAUCCACCGUGGCAAUAUCCUAUUCCCCAGACCGAGCUCAUCGCACGCACCUUAGUCCCAUGGAAACCUUUCUUGUUAUGCGACUGUUGACACCCACACAGGCUUCUUUAGCCAGAAGCAGAAGUGCACUCAUGCUCUCUGAGCAGGCCAGUGACUCAGUAUCCUAUGCCUGUCCUCGUAUAGCUCCUGCUGGCCCUCUUAAAUCUUCCUAUAAGUCUUCUCCCACUCGGAACACUGAGAGGAAGAAGACCACAUCUACAUCUGGCGCAGGAGAUGCUGGGAAAGGAGCCCCUGCAGGAGCGGAGGCCUCGCCGACAGAGAAGAUGAAGAGGGGGCCACGAACAACAACUUCCAUUCCCACUGUGGGCCUCGGGUCCCCUCUGAGAAGAUGUGAGUUUCCAGGAGGCAUUUCUAAGAGGUCAUCUUCUCCCGUGACAUUGAAGGCAACUUCAAAAGCGUAUCCACAGUCUCCAAAGCAUGUGAAGCAGCCAUACCCCGGGUCUCCCGUGAAGUACCGCUUUCCUGCUUUUCCCAGCCAGGAAACACCCAAGAAGAAAGCCGAGAAAGAGAAGAGCAACAAGGAAAGGGAAGGUGCCCUGGCUCAGCAGGCAGCCAGUGCACACGGAGAGGAAGUCCUAGAGAAGCACGUGGCAGACAGGCAUGCCACCGAGAAGCACGCAGCCGCAGGAGGGAAGGCCGAGAGCAGUGGAGCCUCAGGGAAGCCCACAGCGGGCACCACCGAUGCAGGAGAGGCUGCAAAGAUCCUUGCUGAAAAGAGACGACAGGCCCGACUGCAGAAGGAACAGGAGGAGCAGGAACGGCUGGAGAAGGAAGAACAAGACAGGCUGGAGAGAGAAGAAUUGAAAAGGAAGGCAGAGGAGGAAAGAAUUCGCCUGGAAGAGGAAGCCCGUAAGCAAGAAGAGGAAAAGAAGCGACAGGAGGAGGAAGAGAAAAGAAAGGCGGAAGAGGAGGCCAAGCGGAAGGCCAAGGAGGAGCUGUUGUUGAAAGAAGAGCAAGAAAAAGAAAAACAAGAAAAAGAAAAGCAAGAAAAAGCCAUGAUUGAAAAGCAGAAGGAAGAAGCAGAAGCAAAGGCCCAGGAGGCAGCUAAACAGAUGCGUCUAGAAAGAGAGCAGAUCAUGCUGCAGAUUGAGCAGGAGCGCCUGGAGAGAAAGAAGAGAAUAGAUGAAAUUAUGAAGAGAACAAGGAAGAGUGAUGGGACUCCAGAAGUGAAGAAAGAAGACCCGAAAGUGGAGCUUCAGCCUACUGUGUAUGUGGAAAAUAAGAUAAAACCAGCUGUCCCCAACAAAAUAGAAAUCAAUGGAUUGAACACCUGCCAAGAAGUUAAUGGUGUGGGACACACUGCCCCAGAAACUUUUCCCCGAGACAUUUUCUCCAAUGGGCUUAAAUCCGUUGGGGGCCUUGUUCAUCUGGACGCCCUUGAUGGGAAGUCAAACAGUCUGGAUGAUUCAACUGAAGAGGUUCAGUCUAUGGAUGUGAGUCCUGUUUCAAAAGAAGAGCUUAUCUCCAUCCCAGAAUUUUCACCAGUGAGUGAAAUGAUUCCUGGGGUGUCUCUGGACCAAAAUGGAACUGGUAAUGCCCGGGCACUUCAAGAUCUCUUAGAUUUCACCGGCCCCCCAAUGUUCCCCAAGAGAUCCAGUGAAAAUCUCAGCCUGGAUGACUGUAACAAAAACCUGAUCGAAGGAUUUAACAGUCCUGGCCAAGAAAAUACUCUGAACACCUUCUGUUGACAAAUACAGUGUCUCUUUAAUAAAAGGUGGUCUUUGGAGAACAUGUGAAGAUUCUGGUAGUCAAACCCGAGCUUCCGGCCCUCUGAAGAAGCUUCUGUUGUCCUUAACCACUGGAUUCCAAAUUAUUAGAGUGAAAUCUAACUGUAUUCCUAGUUAGUAUGUCAUAACUGGCCACUCUUGGUAGAAACCUUGAGACCUUGGCCUUGUUGGGCUUUAGCGAAAUUUCAUGUUCCGGUUCUAUUUAUGAGCUUCAGCUGCUGAUAAAGUGCUUCCUGAACUACUCUAUUAUCAUAGUGAGCCUCCGAAUACCCCAGUGAUUCAGGCUUGGAAAUUCACCUUAUAACCAUUUUAUUCUCAAAGUUGGAGCACGUAAGCAUUUAGAUGUCUUUUCUUGUAAAUAUUCUAGACAUUUAUCCAGACUCUACUUAAACAUAUACUGAACUUGGGCUGCAUACGUCCCUGUGUUUAGAAGAAGAAAUUCAGGAGGGUUCCCCCCACCCCCGGGUUUCUUUGUUGGAAGUUACUAUCAAGAAGCUGUUUUUUAUUAUUAAGCUUAGCCACCUGCAAAAUGCGUUGCCCCACAUUACUCCUUGGGGGUCUAGAGUAAAGAAGCCAUUGAACAGUGUGAAACGAUUUCUGUGCCCGUAUGCCUAUUCUUGUAGACAUGGGCACCUGAAUCUAGCAAGGACCUUUUCAUGUUGCACCUUAAAAUCUCCAAGCUGUAGUCACUCCGAACCAUCGCUCCAAGUGGCUUUUGGACUGAAUGAAUUGUGUGUCUCUUGCACAGGUGCUUGGUGUUCAUGUUGUUGCUCUUUUCCUCUUGGAUCUUGGAGCUUUAUUUGUUUGCUCAACUCUAAUAAAACCAGGCACGAAUGAACAUCAUAGUGCUCUGGAACAAGGGGGCCCUGAACUGGACCCAAUAUGUCACUUUAACAGACUUUAACAUAAAAACAUCUGAAUGGGGGACAAAUGACGGUAGAAUGUAUACUCCAUGCAUUUUAUGCCAUAUAAUAAUCUGUUUUCUUGAUUUUGUUUCUUGUGGUGAAAUGUGACUUUCUGAUUAAAACAACCUUUUCUUCUUUGAAACUUUUUUUUGACUUGUACAAUAGUUUGGAAAGAUUCAUAGUUCUGACUGAGGUUUGCAACCAGGAGAUAUAAAGAAGUCUCAAUAGUAAUCUUGUUCAUGUGCUUCUAAAACCAGCUACAGUUUAAGACUUUAUUAGCUAUGGAAACUGUGUAUGUUCGUGUAUGUGUAUAUACUAAAUAAAAUACAUGCCUCCAAUCACGCAGUGCCAUUGAUGUUGACAAGUAUCGGGGAAAAGCCCUGCUCUGACAAGCACACAGGAAAUGAUAGCAUGGUCUCACUUUUAAAAAAUGCCUCACCAUCUUUCUUCCAGCUUUAUUUUGCUAAAUGUCUGUUUUGUUGUGAUCUCUUGGACCUCACAGUACUGUUGUGACUGUGGUGAUGCCUUGUUUGCAUGAUGUGUACGUUGUGUUUAACGUGAAAUACAUUUUCAUUGAGGAGUCUGA